AGAAAAUCCCGGAGGAAAGCUUCACUCAGCCGUCGGAUCAUGGUCAGCCCUGUUACUCUUGCUCCUCAGUCUCCGGAGGGGUUUUACGCCAUCAACAACCCAUUUCUUGUGAGUGGUCCAAAAGGCUUCAUCGAGUUCAUGCCACUGGAGAGUGAUGACAUGUACAUAAGGGUCGAUCUCCCGGGAGUUCCAAACAACGGCGUCGAUGUCUUCCUCGACCUGCCAAACAAAACCGUGUGUAUCUCUGGGGACGCACCCAAGGAGCACAAGCACGACGCCACACUCCGAAGCUACGACGGCACCGCCCUUCGUCCCAAGCUUAGUAUCUUUGGUGAAAAGUCCAAAAUCGUCUGCAGAUGCACUGAGUUCUACUCCGCCUUCACUUCCCACAUGGCUGAUGGAGUUCUCCGCCUUGUUCUCACCAAGAUCCACACCGAUACUCCACCCCCUCCUUGCCUCGAGUUUCUUGCUACCCCUAACGGACAAAAGCCAUAUGGCACGGCUCCUCACCGUUGUCCGCCAUCGGAUCCUAAUGACCCCAAGUUAACUGGUCCGAUAUUGAAGCCACAUCCAUGUGUGUGUCAAGGAUCUCAGAUGCCUUACGAGUAUAAGGUGCUCCAAAACGGUGGCUUGUUCGUCCGUGUAGACAUGCCGGGUGUCGCCAAAGAGAACUUCACCGUCUCAGUCGCUAAUGGGAGAGUCAAGGUGACUGGUGAAGCUCCUGCCCUUAGCCAUGACUCAAGUGGACGUUUCUACUCUGGUGACGUGGCUAUGCUCUCUACCCUUAUCGACAUUCCCGUCCGUAAGAUCAAGACCAUUGCCAAGAGCGGUGUGAUCCGUUUGAUCAUCCCUCCCGUUUGAUGAUGAUUUCGUGGUGUAACUUUGUGUUUGGGUCUUUAUUGAAUCUGCUUUUUUUUGUUUUCCUUGAGUAGGACCUUUUAUUUAUUCGGGAUACUGUUGUUGUUUCAAG